AUGGUCGAAUACGAUCGGCAUCCCAUCGAGUCACCCCCCGCCAUGACUGAAGCCGAAUUAGUAGAAAUCAGUUUUUAUAAACCUCUAAUUUUCUUAACAAAUUCAAAUGCAGCCCGUCAGCGGACUUUUGAAGGUGCAUAUUGGCGAACAUGUCUGGCAUCCUUUGGAUUUUCGAUGCUCAUACUGCGAAUAUUCGAAAGAUCAUUCUACGGCAUCGGAGUCUUAUUCGUGGCUUUUGGCGGUGUGAUCUUGGUCAUCUCGUAUUACCGCCGACAAAGCAACAUGGAUGUGUUUGAUAAUAGCAAACCUUUUGUUACUAGUGGGAGAUAUGUUGCAUUGACGGGUAUCGCUGGUUUGGCCACUUAUUUGACGUUACUUAUUUUGAUUGUGAAAUUAUGA